AGUUACCUGGUGAAUUUACAUUCUUCUUUCCUUAGAGCUCUGGUUUCUCCAUUUGUUGGGAUUACGGGAACCUUUUGUGUUUAAAAUUCUUGUCCCUUGUUUUCCCCAGGUUGCUUUAAAUAGAGGGGGAAAAUGAACAGAGGAACCAGCAAAGCUCACCUCACUUCUCAGAAUUGAGUCUCUGACCCUUUUUACUGUCUGUGCCCCUCUGAAAAUCUCCUCCAGCUUUUAUCUGCACCGUUCCACCUUUUGCAAUAAAGGAAAGCCCCUGAAGCUUUUUCCGCCCUUUUAAAAGAAUCCACCUCUGCAGCCAGACACCAAGCUUCAUUUCUGUGCGAAAGACAUGAAGCAUCGUCUGGGCUUCUUGCUGCAGAAGUCAGACUCCUGUGACUACAGCUCUUCCCAGGGCAAAAAGGAGAAAAUAUCUUCAAGCCAGAGGGUUAGCCAAGAGGAAGUCAGAAAGUGGGCAGACUCUUUGGAAAACUUGAUCCAUCAUGACAGAGGACUGGCUGCUUUCCGUGCUUUUCUCAAAUCUGAGUACAGUGAGGAAAACAUCGAGUUCUGGGUCAGUUGUGAGGACUACAAGAAAACCAAGUCACCAGCCAAGCUCAGCCCCAAGGCCAGAAAGAUCUAUGAUGAGUUCAUCUCAGUGCAGGCUACAAAAGAGGUGAACCUGGAUUCAUGCACACGGGAGAAGACGAGCCACAAUAUGCUGGAGCCUACACUGUCCUGCUUUGAUGAGGCUCAGAGAAAAAUAUUCACCCUCAUGGAAAAGGAUUCUUACCGCCGUUUCCUCAAAUCCCCCUACUACCUGGACUUGGUCAGCCCCCCUGGUGCUGGCUGCGGCCCUGAAAACUGCAAAAGAAGCCACGCUCACACCUUAGACUGCAACUCAAACAUCAUCUCUCAGUGCGCCUGAACCUGCAGCAAGGCAGGGGCAGGCUGGGCUCUCGCAAGAAUAUACGGCAGCAAAAGUGUUCAUUGGCAUGAAGCAACAGAGCUGUCUCCAAUAGCUGUCUAAUGUCCCAGUUGUAUCCCAUGUCAUGCAACAGCCAGCAUUUGUAACCCAAGCCAGGCUCAGUCUGUGUAGCAAACCCUCCUCUGACUCCAUCGGUGUAGGAGCCCUGGAGUCUGUCUCUGACAUGAAAGCUGGGUGCAAUCGUUGUGUGUCCGCUGUGUUUCUGGCGAGCCCUGCAAGCCCAGGAGGGCGGCGGGGGAGCACGUGCUCCGACCCAGCGCUACCCACCAAGGGACCAGACUUGCAAUGUUGCAGUGUGACACCUAGCAAGGAGCAGG